GGUCUCAAAAUAAGUUUCAUUGCAAUACUGAAUUCUAAAACAUCUUUAUCAGGUAACACUUAUAGUACCUAUAUAUACUUGCUUGUCAUUCAGUGAUAUGGCUUGGGAAUGUUUACCCUAUACAGUGUGUUACGAAAUUUUUCAAUAUUUCGACCACAAAGAAGUCGUAACACUAGGUAGUGUUUGUCGUAACUGGUUUGAAGUGAGCCGGGAUGAGAGAUUGUGGAAAAAACUAUUCUUCUCCCAGUAUCCUAUCGACCGUGACAUAAAUAAUAGAGGUUUGUCCUGGUAUCAGGAAUUUAGAAGAUUACAUUACAAUGUUCCUGUAAUUCAAACGGAAGUGAUAAGGGAACACUAUGAUCAAGUACUCCAUAUUACUUUUUCUCAUAAUGGUCGAUAUUUUGUAACAUGCUCAAGAGACUGUUUCGUAAUGAUAUGGACUUCUUCAUAUCCGGCAAAACUGAAGGAUUCUCUCGACAUGACAGUAUUCAAUUGGAGGUGUGCCCAUUACAGCGAAUUCAACGAGUCGGACUCUUUGCUGCUUGUUUCCGGAAUUGUGAUGGGUCCAGAAACGAGUACAGUUGGAGAAAUAAUCGUUUUUCAUGUUGAAGAUUUCCUCUCUACGGAACCUGGCUUGCUCAAAAUGAAAUGCAGAAUUGAUAAUACCCCAUAUUCGCUUUUCGGCACAUGGUUCAACGAUUCGUUUCUGCUUUCUGGAAACCGAUUUUGGCUAGGUGGUUUUGUAACUUCAUCUCUCAUUUAUAUCAAUAGAGCAUCCCAAGAAACAUCUUCAGAGCUCAUUCCGGUUACUCAUGGGCUGUUUAAAUUCUAUAAUACAAACAGAAGUACUAUAACGUCCCUCCUGGUGGCAAAAUGUCUUAGGGACAUCGUAUUGGACAAUAUAGAAUCAGACAAGAAUGAGAGUCAUAUCGAUAGAUCCAGUUUCAAAAUUAACCAAUUUCAAGAUGAGAAUUUUGACGAGCAUUUACUCUACUAUAAUAUUCGCUAUCGAGAAUAUGAGAAAAACGUUCUGCGUUAUGAUGAUGACUUCGAAAUGAAGAGUGAAGAUGGUGAUGUCGUUGAUGACCUAAGCACUUCAGGGACCUCUUCCUCGUCGGAUUCAGCAACGGAUUCAGACGAUAAAUACCUCAUAUUCGUCACUGGAAGCAAUACCUACAUACCACAUGAAAUAGGAAUCAAAAGGAUAAAAUCGUUUAAAUUUCCUGAUCGAAUAGAUCCAGGACCAUCUCUGAAGGAGCGACAAAUGUUACUGGAUGAAAGAAAAAGACUAUUGGAUAGUGGCGUAGAUAAUAUAUACUGGAACGACAUUGACUCAAUUGCUGAAAAAUUCGACUCUCCUGAUUAUUUGAUAGAUUUACAUGGUCAUAUACUGGGUAUGCGUUUAAGUCCUGAUCAUAGAUUCCUCUUCGUAACCAUAAGACGAUGGCCAGAAUGGGAAACUUAUAACUUCAACGAUGUUGUCGAUCCUUUACCGAAGGUGCAAAGUGUCAUAUCUUUAAACGUUAUAGAUAUGAUGACUCUUGAAAUCGUUGGCGUGAGUGCUGAGAAUAAGUCGCCAUACAGUGUGGAGGCUGAUUAUUAUUUCGUGUAUAUGGAUGUGACAGAAGAAUACAUAGUAAGCACCGGAGAAGGACCAAACCUCCAUCUUUGGGAUCGACAUUAUGGUAUACACCUGGCUAAUCUGAAGCAUAAGGAUAUAACGAACGGAGCUGCAUUCAACCCGAAAGAUCCUGAAAUGAUGGUCAGCGUCUCGGAUGAUGGUGUAAUUAAAGUUUGGAGGUCUUUAUCGAAAAUUAGAGAGUUGAAAAUACGCCCUAAAUCAGAAGAAGACGACACGGAUGACUCUUGGACAGAUGAUCAAGAAAGUGAAGCAUCUUCCUGAAAUACCUAUAUUACCUACAAUUGCUGUUCGCGUUCGAAGAUGUAUCUUUCCUAACUGUGAUAUGAAUUUUUGCAAUUUUUUGUUGUAAUUGAAUUAAUUAAAUAAACUGCCUCUAGCCGUUAA